GAUGCCCACUGCUACAACACUGCGGGGUCCUAUAACUGUGCGUGCAGGGGUGGCUAUGGAGGAGACGGGUUUAACUGCACUGAUAUUGAUCAGUGCCAAGAGGGAACUCACCAUUGUCACCCAAACGCCACGUGUGUUAACACAUUUGGCAUGGAUGGAUACAACUGCUCAUGUGAUCCUGGAUUCACUGGGGACGGAUUUGUGUGCGAAGACAUCAAUGAAUGCAGCGAUCCAGGCCUACACAGCUGUACCCAAAAUGCGACAUGCACGAAUACAGAGGGCGGGUAUAAAUGCGUCUGCAAUGAAGGGUUUACAGCUCAAGGGUCCAUAUGCAUUGACAUUGAUGAUUGCGAUGGAGUCACCUGCUUCAAUGGGGGAACAUGUGUCGAUGCCAUUGGAUCAUUCUUCUGUAACUGCUCCGAUGGUACCAGUGGCGAUGUCUGUAACAUAUACGAGUCUACGUGGAGCAGUUGGAGUAGCUGGAGUGACGACUGCUUUUGCCGGGUGUCAAACGGCACGGCGAUGGUGUCCCGUGUGCGGUCCCGGUCCUGUCCCGGGAAGCCAGGGUACAGCGGUACUCCAACCUGCGACGGUGACGACACGGACUGGGAGGAGUGCAUCCCAGAUGUCGAUGAAUGUGAAGAAGGAACUAGUCACUGUCAUCCAAACGCCACCUGUAAAAACAUCAUUGGAGUUGGUCAGUAUAACUGCACAUGUGACAGCGGAUUUGCUGGUGAUGGCUUUCGGUGUAAAGAUAUAGAUGAAUGCAAAGAAGCCAGUUUACACAACUGUAGCCAGAAUCAGACAUGUGCAAACACCCAGGGAUCUUAUGUCUGUG